AUGAUUAUCCCUGACCUUUUCUUAUGGGAGUCAAGUGAGGAAGAAUAUGCAGCAAUGGAAGAUCGAUCUAGGCCAGAAAUUUUAAGAGUCCAUCUAGGCCAGGCAAUGUUGAAACUAAUGGAACUGGGCAUCGAAAAUGUGACAGAGUUUGAGUUUGUUGAAUCACCACCAGUGGAGUCAAUGCAACUUGCCUUGGAGAACUUGAAAUCGCUUGGAGCCACAGCUAAUGGACAGCUUACAGGGCUUGGCCACAAGAUUGCUCGAGUUCCUUUGGAGCCACGGUUAGCAAAGUUGUUAUUUGAUGGCAUUGAUCAAGGAGUCGGUGCUGAAGCAUUGGCUUUAGCAGCCAUUGCAACUGUAAGUAGGAGCCUAUUCUUCCGCAUGGGCAGCGAAGAUGAAAAGCACAUGGCUGACAGUAGAAAAGUCGGUUUCUGUCACAAUGGUGGUGACCUGUUGACGUUGCUGGAAGUAUAUAGACAACACCUGAAGCAACCUAAAGGAAAGCGAAACAAGUGGGCCUUUGACAACAGCUUGAACGCAAAAUCGCUUCGCUUGGCAGAUGAGACAAUCAAAGAGCUCAAACUGGCUUUGAAGCACGAGCUGAGCAUUAGAGUACCAGAUGCCGGUCAACAGAAUGACAGGACUGAUCGCAAGCUACAAAGGAUUUUGGUAUCAUGUUAUGCUGCCAACCUUUGUGUGUUCACUGGCCACCAGAAGGCAGGGUACAGAGUGGUGGCAUUCAAUCACUGUGCGCAGUUACAUCCUACCUCAGCACUCAAGUUCCUUGGAGAAACACCUCAGUUCAUCGUUUUUGAACAACUGCUCAAGACAUCUCGUGAUUUUGUCAUCAACGUGACUCCUGUCGAAGAGAAGUGGGUUCAAGAAAUGAUAUCGGAUGGAACUCUCAACUAUGACAUGGAAGAACUAAUUUCAACAGUGCUGACAGAAGUGGCUUUGCCUUGUAGUCGAGACCUUAUGACGUUAGCGUUUGGAGGAUUCCGAAGAAGAAUGAUUGAUCAAGUUGAAGACACAGUGUCGAAGUGUUGUGAUGGUGGUUUGGUUGUGCUAGAGACGAGCGAAGAAUUAGGCCAAGUGAAAAUCUUUGUGCCACCAGACCAUACUGCCAAGGCUCUAUCUGUUGUGGGAAGCCACUUAGAAGAAAACAGGAAAUUGCUGAGGGAUGAGCGAAGAGAAGAGUAUCUAAACGAAGAUUGUCAGGGCAGCAGAAUUGUUUGGGGACAAGGUGGAGAAGUGCAGGAACUGCUAAUGCCCCAUAUGUAUCGAACUGUGACUGUCAGGGAGAUUGGACAUCGCAAAGCCUUGGUCGUCUUAGAUUUUUUGAAGUCGGUUGGAGACAUUGAGAAGCACAGUUUCAGGGAACAGAAUGGUAAGGUGCAAUUGUUUGCCACUUUCAAACAUUCUGAAGACGCGGUCAUGGCAGUUAAGGACUCUUCUGAUACCUCUCUGGGUAUCAACGUAGAAGUGCAUCCGGUACACUCGAUGUCUGAUGGCGCACAAGCACAUGUCCCUCAGUUUAAAGUGAAAGCCAAGUGGCUUCGACGUCCUGGCAAAGGUACAGGUUCCAUUGAAUGUUUCAAUGGUAACGAUUUUUCUCAGACUCUACGCAGUCUUCCCUCGCUUAUGAUAAAGUCAAGACAGGUCACGUUUCAAGCUGACAAGCACCGUGAAGGGCAGCUUUUCAUGAGGGGACUCCAUCCUGAAACCUCAGUGGAGGAUGUGAAGUCUGCUUUCGAGGAAAGACUACCAACUGUAACACUGAAUAGAGUAUUUAUCCACCGAGAGCCAGAAUUUGAAACUACAGAUGAUACCCUCACCUUGCAGAGACAAUCCUUGCUAGAGAGUCUUCUUUUCAAGAGGGGCAUCUUCGCUGAGGAGGGCAGAUUUUCCGUUUCGUUGAUAAAACCUUCUCCUAAGGAUAUUCAGGGAAUCGCCUUUCUGACGUUCCAAGACCCUGAGGUGGGUCAAGCAGCCGUGAGUGUUCUUAAUGGAAGGCGCAUCUCUGGUAUUGGGGUCGUAACCCUGGAACCCAGACUUUCAACUACCUUGCGAUGCCCCGAAUAUACUUACACUAUUAUCGAAGAUAAGUUGGAGGCAGUUGUGAAGGAACUAGAUCUGCUCUUUGGCACAAAGCUUGUUAUGAAAGUAAAAAAUCAACGCAAAGACAAGCUGGUCUCCAUCGAAAUCCAAAGCAACUGCAAGGAGCACUUUAUUUGUGCCACAACAGUUCUCAGCGAAGUUCUCAACGUAGACCGGAUUGACUGCAAAGCAUCGAAAACCUUGGAAAUUUUAUUGACCGAUCCAUUGAAAGACGUUCUUCAAGCCAUCGAAAAAGAUACUGGAACUGUGAUCAAACAAGAUCGAGAGAACCAAGUUGUGGCAAUUCAUGGAAGCGAAGCUAGACGGAAAUCAGCAAAACUGGCCAUCAACAAGUUUCUUGACGACUCCAUCACCAGUGACAGUCACGCAUGGCAGAUUCGGCUUCGGGAACCUAACAAGCCACGUGGGCUGCUGAAAGCUCUUUUUAAGAGAUUUGGUGUCGAUCUAAAAGGAUUGCAGGAUAUUCCUGGUGUCCAAAAGAUCCAUGUCGAAUUCUGCAGCCACGAACUUCAGAUUCAGAGUUCUGAGGAGGCUCGAGAGACAAUCAAUCGCUACGUAGAGGAAUGCUGCAAAAAUCUUCCCCAGCAAUCGUCCCUUUUAACAUUCGAUGAUCAAACCCAGCUGACUUGUGGUAUCUGCGUGUGCGAUGUGGACGAGGCAGCCGACUUGUACAGACUCGCUUGUUGUGGCCAUACCUUUGACAAGAGCUGUGUUAUCCAGCAACUGAAAUCUGCAGAGUUUCCACUUAAGUGUGCCACAGAGGAUUGUGAAGAGCUCUUUGUGUGGAGAGAUUUGCAGAAUCUGCUGAGCGAAAAGGAGAGAAACAAGCUUGCUGCUAGUGCCUUAGAUGAGUAUGUUAAAGGGAAUCCUGAAAUUGUCAAGUAUUGUCCAACUGCCGACUGCGGUAUGGUGUACCGUGUCUCAACGGAAGGAAGACGCUUCACUUGCUGUGCAUGUCAGGCCGAGAUCUGCACGUCUUGCCAGGUGCAGUGGCACAACGGGCUCACUUGUGCCAUGUUUAAAUCAGGAAAGCAGGUGGAGGGACGUCUGGAAGAAUGGAUGAUGAAGGACCCAAGCAGUAGGAAGACCUGUCCCAUAUGUAAGAUGCCAGUUCAAAAGAAUGAGGGUUGCUAUCACAUGACAUGCUCUGGGUGUAAAUCGCGCAUGUGUGUGCGGUGCCUGGAGGUGUUUCCUACAGCAAAAGGGGUAUACAAUCAUCAACGGCACUGUCAGAAAAAGUUAACAGCGUGAUCCGAUUCCUUCUCAGUAAAGAAAGAGUAUUUCCACUCCUACGACCUGUACGACAGAUGGCACUUAGUGCUCUACCUAGAUGUUGGUAGCUGGGUAGUUGACUUUUCUGAUUCAAGUUAACACUGGUUUCAUCCCAGCAGUCGUUUACAAUUGGAGUUGUGUUUAAGUUUUCCUAGCGGUUUUGUGCUGUGCCCAUUUUCGAGGAGAUUGAUAAUUGAAAAAACUCGGAAAUAAAAUCAUAAAAUGCAAUGCUAAUUACAAACCGCUACCUAGGGGAUAGGGGAACUUCAGUCACCAUGACGGAUGGAACGAGUGCUAGUGUAGACUGGGCCUAAACUGUGACUUACCGUGGACAAAGCGUUGUCUUGUAGCUUAACGAAACUUCCCACUUUGUUUGAAUUUUCUUGUGUUAAGGGAGUUAAUUACUUUUCAGAUAGGUGCUUCCAUGCUUCAAAAAGACUUCGGAUAAGAAAAUAUUAAUUUCUCUGAUACCACCGUACAGCCUCGUUGGUCUGAACCUAUGGAAACAACACUGUAAACUGACUCAGGCCGGCCGGGUUGACCUGAGGUUGACACCGAGAUUUUUGCUAAACUAAAAUCCGGCCGUGGUCAUGUCAACAGUUAUUUAGCGUGCGCAAUAGGCCAAGUUCGAUAUAUUAAAGUUAUAUUUAAAUUAAA